GUAAAUCUUUUACUCCCCAAAUCGAACGCUUUUGUCCAUUCCACAUCAUCACAAAAAAUAAAUUCUUAGCCAUAUUAAUGGAUUGUACCAAUAUGAAGUUCCAAUUACAAUCUGGUAGACUUAUGCCACUUAUUGGAUUUGGCACCUACUUGAUUACUGGAGAUCAACUGAUAUACCAAGUACUCGAUCAAGCUUUGGCUUCGGGUUACAGACAUAUAGAUACUGCAACUGUAUACCACAAUGAAUCUUCAAUUGGGCGAGCUUUGAAAACUCUUUUACCAAAACAUAAAUUGAAAAGGGAAGAUAUUUUCAUUACCUCCAAACUAGCUCCAAUAGAUCAGGGGGAAAAAGCUUUCUCUGCUGUGCAGGAGUCUUUGAGAAACCUAGAUUGCGGGUAUUUGGAUUUAUAUUUGAUACAUUGGCCAGGGGCUGGAAGAGUACCUGUAGAUAGUGAAGAAAACAGGAAACUUCGUUCUCAGAGUUGGGCUUCUCUGGCGAAGGCUGUGAACGCAGGCUUAGUUAAAGAUAUUGGAGUGUCUAAUUAUACUGUCAAACAUUUGAAUGAGUUGUUGGCCAAUGAUUGUGGAGUGAAACCAUCAGUCAAUCAGGUUGAGUGGCAUCCCAAAUAUUAUCAGACAGACCUCUUGAAUCUUUGUAGGCGUGAAGGAAUAUUAUUACAAGCAUAUUCUUCUCUGGGAGGUACAGGAAAUUCCAAUCUUCUCAAAGACCCAGUUGUUUCUCAAAUUUCAACUCUGCUUGGAAAGUCUCCUGCUCAGGUUCUGUUACGUUGGGCACUUCAGCAAAACAUCUGUAUAAUCCCAAAAGCUAGAUCGGCAGAACAUAUAAAAGCUAACAUCGAUCUCAACUUCGUUAUUCCAAAUGAAAUGAUGACGCAACUGAACAAUUUGAAUUCGAACGAGAAGUUUGCUUGGAACCCUGAAGUUGUAGCAUAAUUGAAUCUGUUUGUUUUUGUUGAUCAAUAAAUUAUAUUUAAUUGAGUUAAAA